AUGAUGGCAGUUGAAUCUCAAGCAAACGAAGCGGUGAUCCCUUCCUCGGUACCGAAAGUUCAGGAGGCACCGAAGCGCAGGUGGACCAGCUACAUCUGGGAUACCUUCGAUAAGUCACCGGAGGAACGUCGACUGCUUUUCAAGUUAGAUACUGCUAUUUUGACCUUUGCGUCUCUGGGUUAUUUCAUCAAAUAUCUGGAUCAAAUCAACAUCAAUAAUGCUUUUGUGUCUGGGAUGAAGGAAGACUUGGGGCUAUAUGGCAACCAGCUAAACUACAUGCAAACAUGUUGGACAGUUGGAUAUGUUAUCGGAGAGAUUCCAAGCAACAUCCUGUUGACAAAAGUCAGACCAAGAUACUGGAUACCAGCUGCAGAGCUGCUAUGGACAGUUCUUACUUUUUCAUUGUCAAGGUGCAAUACUGCCACUCAAUUCUAUGUUUUGAGGUUCUUCAUUGGUCUUGCGGAAAGUACUUUUUACCCGGGAAUGCAAUACAUUAUCGGCUCAUGGUAUCGACGAGAUGAGCUUGCCAAGAGAUCAUGCAUCUUCCACACUAGCAGUGGUAUUGCUAGUAUGUUCUCUGGCUAUCUCAUGGAUGCCGUAUACCAUCUUGGAGGUAGAGGGGGCUUCAAAGGUUGGCAAUGGCUGUUCGUGAUUGACGGCGUGAUUUCUCUUCCUGUUGCAAUUAGUGGGUUUUUCCUGCUGCCUGAUGUUCCGGAAAUUUCCAACCCAUGGUAUCUUAGCAAGGAGGUUUGUUGGUCCUACUACAACGUUUCACAAAUUAUCGAGCACCCUUUGACCCUUAUCGAAUUACAGGAAGUCGCCUUAGCUCAAAAGCGAAUGAAGCUUGAGGGUCGACAGGAUAGAGGCCCUUUCACGAAAGCGAAACUAAAGAAGAUAUUUUCUUCUUGGCACAUAUAUCUCUUGACGUUGUUAUAUGUACUUUUCAACAAUGGGGCUGCCGGUGCCCAGCCCGUCUUCCAACAAUUUCUCAAACACUCGACAAACCCAAAAUACUCCGUUGGUCAGAUCAACGCAUAUCCGACAACAACCAAUGCAGUCCAAGUUGUGACAACACUGGCUUAUGCUUGGUCUUCAGACACAUUCUUGAAUGGUCGUCGCUGGCCCCCAAUCAUAUUUGGCGGCGUUGUCAAUAUCAUAAGUUAUGUCUCCCUAGCGGUGUGGGAAAUACCGAUUGGAUGGAAAUGGACCUGUUAUAUUAUUUCUGGGGCAGGCUUUGGUCUCAGCGGGCUGUGCAUGGCCUGGGCCCACGAGAUUUGCUCUGAAGAUAAUGAGGAACGAGCGCUUGUGAUUGCCAGUAUGAACGAGAUGGCAUAUGUCUUGCAAGCUUGGCUCCCACUCAUUGUGUGGCAACAAGUCGACGCACCGGAAUAUCGAAAGGGAUUUAUUACAGUGUCUUGCAUAUCUCUCGCUUUGAUCGUCACAACAUUUGUUAUCCGAAGCCUUGAUCACAAGGGAAGAAGGUCGAGAGGGGCCCUGAACAUCCACGGGCAAGAAGCAGGAGACAGCCUCUCCGACUCCAUAUCUGUUACUCCCGUUGACACGCAGCAACCUCGAAAGGUCUGA